AUGUCUCAGAAACCCGGAGACGAUGAAGAAGACGAUGAUCAGCCUGCCCUCGUUGGCUGGGGCGCUGUCAUCCCGCGGAAGAAGAAGAACAUCGACGCCUACUCGUACGCUUUGCAAACGCAGAAUCGACCAGGCACAGUAAAGGUGCUACUCCACGAGCUUGGCCACAUCCUCGGCCUCAGGCAUGAAUUUGCCAUCACCAAAAGCGAAAGACCGCCUGCUGUCCAAUUUGGCCAGAGCAAUGCCGAUUCGGUGAUGAGCUAUAGCUACCCUCCAGCUAUUCAGAAGUCGGACGUCGAUGCCAUCAAGGAGUUCUACAGCAACUACAAGAACGGUGAAAAGAUUAAUAACGUUCCGAUUGUGGACGAGACACCACGACUUCGGAAUUCUUCCUAG